AUGAUUGAUAUUACUUAUAAUAUUUUUAUGAUGUCAACAUUUGUUAGUUUAUGUUCAUCAUCAUCAUCAUCAUCAUAUAAAAAAUUAUAUAAAAGUACAACAAAUUACCGGAUCAUUAAUAAUCAAUAUAUCAAUGUGAAAUCAAUUUCAAUAGAAAAAUUAAAAAAUUAUUUUUAUCGAUUAGAUCAAUUACCAUUUAUUGAUGAAAUGUAUCAAAAUGAUCAAUAUCUAAAUAUAUACGCAUCAUUUGAUGAAUUCAGUAUCAAUGGUAUGGAUAAUCAAAAGAAUUUUAUUAAAAAUCAAUCAUCUUCACAUAAAACUUCUGGCGAAAAUGAUUUCCGCAUUUGUCUUCGUGAGAGCUUUCCAAACGUCAAAACUCGCCGUUUAUCACGUGCUCAUUGGUCAUUAUUACGUCGUUUGAUGGGAAAGCCACGUCGUUGUUCUACAGCUUUCUUUGACGAAGAACGUCGUUCCCUUAAUGAAAAGCGUGAAAAAAUCCGCACCUUGCAAGCUACUCGGUCAGUGCAACUAGAGUUCUUAAGAGAUCUGCCGGACGAUAUGCACGUUCCAAUGCCAUUAAUAAUAGGGACGAAGAUAACCGCUAGGGUUCGCUACCCAACGGAUGGUUUGUACACUGGGAAAGUUGAUGCUAUCGAUGCACUAAGACAUUGCUAUCGUGUCACUUUCGAUAAGCCUGCUCUUGGCACUCGGUCAAUACCUGACUAUGAAGUCCUGAGUAUUUUACCUCAAGAAACUAUACCUUUGUCUGCAUACAAAACCCAGCACAAAGCCAGUCGUAAUCUUUUCAUGAGUCCCGCUCGACUUCUGGCACAAUCUGCUUUACAGGGCAAACGUCAUCAUAUGCAUCAUCAUAAAUUCGGACAUGGAAUAGGACAAGGUGGUGGUGGGUCCGGUGAUUUAGCUGUUCAUGACUGCCCUUUAUGUCAGUCGGAAGCUGCAGCUGCAGCUAGUGGUGGAACUAUUGGUGGUAGUCCGUCGACGAGAACUCCAAACUUCAUGACCACCACCUCUACCACUAAUAAUAAUAAUCUCUUGUCAACCCCGUUAAAACUCCCUGCAAUUAGCAGCGGUGACGUUGCUGCAUCAAUGGGCAGUGCUGCACUAUCUUUGAAUGAAUCUUCAGGUGGUCGCUUACUUCUCAAUGAGGCCGAUAUAUAUGGAGGGUAUCCAAUGAAAUUUUUAGUCAUGGUGACAAAAUUAUCUAAAAUUCUAGAAGUUAAGAAACGAUGUGUUGAUGAAUUACAAGAUUUAAAUGAUGAAGCAGAACGAAAAAUAUCUAAUAAAGCUGAAUUAUCUUUAGAAUUUCAACAUACCUAUCUCACUUUGGUUAUGCAUUUAGAACGUUUAAAUAAAGAAUUAAAUCAAUAUUUAGUACAUGUAUUACAAUAUGCAAAUGAAAUUGCUCAAGAACAUGGCGUAGCGCCGUUAGAACAAGCAGCUGAUUUUAAACAGCGUUGUGAUGAAGAUGCCUAUGAAAUCGUCACACGAAUAAAGAGUAUGCAGGCUCAAAAAUUCCGAAAUUUGAAAACAGUUGAUCUGAUUACAAAACUUGUCAGUUUACUUGUACAAAUUCGUUCAUUAAGUGAACAUGAAGAAUCUACAUAUGAUUGUUCUAGUAUACAAGAAUCUUUACAUGAAUUAAAAUCAAGUAUUCAUUCUAGUAAUGUUCAUGUAUUUGAAAAUAGUGUGGAAAUCUCUAUCCAUCACACAUUAAGCGGUCUUUGUACAUUAAGUAAUUUAAAUUCAUUUUUAUAUACACAUCCUAAUCAUUUUCAUUAUUUAUAA